AUGGAUCCCCAGAUCUCUGAAGUGCGCAAGGCAUGGAAAAUUAUGCCGGCCGUCUGCCUCGAUCUCAUCAAGAUGCUUCAUGCAGCUGCUGAAGCUGAACCCAGGAAUGCUAGUCCCUCAGUAACUGCUCUCCUAGCAUGGGAACAAGCUUGUCCAGCAGGCCUUGCAUCAGACAGAACCAGAAUGCAGUGCAAAUGUCAAAUCGGAGUGUCAUUAUUAAUUGCGAAAACUGACCACACUACAAUAUGA